UUGUUGUCUUCCCGUCCGCAGCUCUGAUUGGCUGGUCGCGCAGACAAAGAAAACACACCGGACAUGUGCAAACAGUGAACAGCCUGAGGAUUAAAAUCAUUUUAACGAAACUGCAGCGUUCCCGCGGCCUGUUUCUGCACGCCCUUAACAUCUUAUCUGUGAGAAAAACCUCUUUUAAUCAUCAUGUCUGAGAACGCGGAGAACAAGCAGGCAGCGAACGGAGACGCCGUGGACGCGCGACAGGCAGACGCUCCAGACGCUGGUACGGCUGGGGCCGGAGGAGGGGCGCAAAUGCAGGUGGACGCGAAGGGCCACGCCCACAGCUUCAGAUACAGCCUGAACUACCCUAGCAUCGGACACUGCAUCAUCAUCAACAACAAGAACUUCCACAGGAGUACCGGCAUGAAUCAGCGUAACGGUACGGACGUUGACGCUGGAAACGCCAUGAAAGCGUUUGGAAAGUUGGGCUACAAGGUGAAGGUGUUCAACGACCAGACUGUGGAUCAGAUUAAGCAGGUUUUAACUGCAGUUGCCAGGGAGGACCACAGCCGCUGUGCAUCACUGGUGUGUGUGCUGCUGAGUCAUGGAGAUGAAGGCGUGUUUUUUGGGACGGAUGGAGCGCUGGAGCUGAAAUCUUUAACCAGCCUGUUCAGAGGAGACCGCUGCACUUCACUAGUGGGCAAACCCAAACUCUUCUUCAUACAGGCCUGCAGGGGCACUGACCUGGACGCGGGUAUCGAAAUGGACAAUCCUCCAGAUGGUUCGCCUGUGAAGAUCCCAGUGGAGGCAGAUUUCCUCUACGCCUACUCCACAGCACCAGGUUACUACUCAUGGAGAAACACCAUGACCGGCUCCUGGUUCAUGCAGUCCCUCUGUGAGAUGGUCAGCAAAUACGGCAGAGAGCUGGAGCUCAUGCAGAUCAUGACCAGGGUUAACUAUAAAGUGGCGAUGGACUUCGAGUCUGCGUCCAACGCUCCGGGAUUCGACGCCAAAAAGCAGAUUCCCUGCAUCGUGUCCAUGCUGACCAAAGAGAUGUACUUCACUUCUUGAGAUAAUGCAAGAUGAUUUGAACACAGCUUCUGCAUUUGGGUGGUUGAGGGUUAGGCCACAAUCGGGGAUUUCUGGACCGCAAACGAACUACUCUUAUUCUGUUUUUCUUAUUCUGAUUCCGCUUUAGAAAUCCCUGAUUGUGGCCUUGUGGAGAGAAGCUCUUCUCUGACUGACUGUGGAAUUCUGGGUUUUCAUGAAGUGGGAUUAUUUCACAGUUAUCUGAAUAUCAUUGUGGUCAAGCUUAGACUUUGUAUGGCAACUUUACAGGAAAGGGGAAAACAUGCUUCUUAAGUUUCAGGGGAAGUCAAUGUCAAAAGUAAUUUUAGAGCUAUUUCUAUUGGUUUAUACAGUAUGAAAUUCUGAGACAAUAUGGAAAAAAUCAUAAUUUGUGCUAUAGAGGGAAUGUUAUGGGCAUUAUUUUCGGCUGCUUGUACCUUUAUAUUUCAGAAAAUAACCAUUUUUGAUAUUUAGAUAUUUAGAUAACUGGUCAAUUUCUCACUUCAUGAAACUCUCACACGAUUUGUAGCUUGGGAAUGAGGGUGAGGUUUAGACAUAACCUUGAAGCAAUGGCCUAUUUGUUUUACACCUGGUUAUUUCUUGUGAUUAUUAUCUGGAUUCUAUCUUAAGAUCUAAACCACAUGUGUUUACACGUGGUAGUCAAAUGUGUGUCCAGUUUGUGUGCAAUGGGCCAUUAAGUCCAAGGCUAGUCCAGUGGAAAAAGUAGUUGGUACUCCAUGCAGCCUCUUCCUGUAUUUACAGAUGUAUUAAGAAUGGUUGCUGCCUCGAAAUGCAACAUUUUUUUUUUACAUGCUGUUGCGAUCUUCUAAGUUUAAAGGAAUGCACAACAGAUUUGGCAACCCAUGCUGACGAGGAAAUGAACUCGAGAAUGAGUUUCGGUUGUCAAAUUAGGCUGUCUUCUAAAGUGGUUUAAGAAUGGUGUGUUCACACUUGCACAUUCAUGUGGUUUGAUCUUAUCCAGAUAUACACCUGAUACUCAAGACCAGAUGCAUAAUGUGACCAGGUGUAAAUGGGGUCUAUUUUUUUUUUUUAUUGAGCCAUGUAUAUGCAGAAUUGUGUUUUGCUUUUGCCGUACCCCAUUAUGUCCAUUCUAGGCAACUUUAAACGAAUCAGAUAAAACCACUAUGCCCAAAUAUGAGAAUAUGAUAUUUCACCACCAAAGGACCACCACUGACCAAAUGCUUUUUAUCACCUAUGAUACCCAGACAGUAGUGGUGUUACUUUUCAGAAACACCUACAAAAUGCAUCUUUAGCUUGAUUGAUGUUUCUGAUAACAAAAAAAGACCUAAAGGUGUAGAUACACUGCAGGGGCAGCUAAAAGAAUAGUUUUGAGGGAAAAAUGGAUGUAAUCAAGUCUUUUGUUCAAAUUAACUUCUUAAGCUUUGAACUGCAGCUACGUUAGACUAAAGUUGUUCAGACUAGAAGUUAAUAGCCAGGUCAAACUGCAUCCAUCAAGGUCAGUAAGUAGGCUUUUCAUGGUAAUUACUUUAUCUAUCAUACAUCUUUAAACUGGGAAAGCAUCGUGUUUAAUUUCUCAACAAAAAAAAAGAAUUUAAUAAUCUGUAAAUCCAGAAAUUCCACAGUGCAUAUUUUAUUCACAUACUAGUUUUCUCAAAGGUCUAGCAUCAUGAAAUCCGGUGCAGGUCUCCGGAUUUCGUUCAUUUCAUUUUCAAUUUAACCAUAAAAGUUUUAUACAUUUCAGAAAACUUCUAAACUACUUUAGUCUUAAUUGACUCGCCUAUGCUCCGCCUACAAUUGUGAUUUUUUUUUUUUUUUUUUUUUUUUUUAAGAGCCAGACAAGUUUGAAAAUGGAGCGCCCCCAAGCAUUGAGCUCUGAAACAGUGGAAGAACUCUUGUGGAAUGUUCCAUGUUGUGAUGGUUGGUGCUCCAUCCAAUAGCAAUGUUCCUCCAUAAUGUCAUAAUGCAUAUUAGUGAGAUGGUGUCCCAAUACUUUUGACCAUUUCAUGUGUUUUCUGUGCACAUAUAAAGGGAAUACAAAGUUUUGUUUGUGCAUUUAAUAGAAAACAUCCAGUGAGGCAUCGAAUCCCAAGAAUACUGUUCUAACUGUUAAGCAUGGUGGUGGGAGCAUCCUCCUCUGCACUUUAGGUCAUUAUUUACAGACUACAAAAUUCACAACAGCAGCUACUAAAAACACAUUUGUGGGUGGAGCUUAGAUAAGCCAUUUGGCCCCAGUUAUUCGGUAACUGAGUCUUCAGCAAAUAAUAUAAAAUAAUAAAAAAACUAGUUUACAUGGGAUACUGUUACAUAGCUACAGCUGACCCAAGUCCAAAAGGGGAUGACGCUCUGCUGUACACCACAGAAAGCAAAUACACUCCACUGUGAACUACUUUUGAUGUCUUUUUUUUCCUCUUUUUUUUUCUUCUUCACAACAAAGGGAGUUUUAUACCUACAUGCAUGAUGUACGUAUUUAUACAGUAGUGAUUCUGUUUUUUUUAGUGUUUAUUUUGCAGAAUAUUCAGAUUAAUCACCGUUAACAUCGUAUAACCACGCUUUAAACUAGCACUGGACAUCAACAAACAAACGGGUUGUAUGCUGUAGUUUAAAAAAAUCAGGGACUAAAUAAUUUUUUUUCAAAGUCGAAAUCAGGAUUUUGUAUGUACAUACCACCCAUGUGCUUUUGUUUGCGUGUGUGUUUGUAUUUUUGUGUGGAAGUUUCUAGAUUAUUUAAGGUCAUUAGAUGCACUCCAGUGUUGCUUUAGAGCAGGGGCUGAUCCACGAAAGUCUAAAAGACUUAAGAAUUAAACAUUUUUUUUUUUUUUGCUAUGCAAUAAGAGUUUAAUUUGGUACGUAAGCAUUAUUGAACUUCUAAAGCAUACAUUUAUACAUUUCACUUUCUAGACCAUAAUAUGUAGAGUAAUCAGUAGAAAUGGUCCAUUUUCAAUCUAAUGUUAGGUUAAAAAGAAAGGCUUUUGCCUUAACACAGGGCGACCAAUCAGAACAAAGCGUGUUGUUUGCAUACCGUACAUUACUCUCAAAGACGUGAUCUGUUUAGUUCAAACAAAUACACAAAUGGCCUGCCAAAGGAAAUGCCUUUUUUUAGGAGGACAAUUGUUGAGUCGGAAGGUCUAAAGAUGCUUUAAGGAGUGUGAAGGCACUCAAACACGUAAUCUAUGUUCCAAACUGUAAAGCAUGGUGGUGGGAGCAUCAUGCUUUGGGCCUUCUCAUAGAUGGACAGCUACUAAAGGAGCGUUUUAGCCAGGACAGCUUCUGGAAUGAUGCUUCAUCUUAGCACACUUACUUAUUAUUUGCAUAUAGGAAUCUUAAAGGGACAGUCUGCUAAAUUCUAAAUGUGAUAAAAAAAAGAGGCAUAGCAGCCUUUCUGGUAAGCUUUUUAGAAAGGGAUGUUUUUUUUUUUUUUACAGUCUGGUGCUAUUCUUAAGAAACACAACAAUGCAUUUUUUAGAUAUUGUGAUAUUUCUAAUAACAAUACUUUUUGAUUAUUAUUCUUUGGAAAGCUUUCGUGAGUCAGCCCCAAGCGUUUUUGCCAGUGUGCCUCAGCUUCGCUUUAAGACAAUUCACGAACCAAUCGAGACCGAGCUGAUUCAGGUUUACUGGGGAGCACCAGUCCUUCCAGACUUCACUUUGAGGAACACUGCCUUAGACCACCAAUCAGACGUGACCUCGAGUGACCCUUACUGAGCCAUUCUGAGUCUGUUGAUCUUGUUCAUAUGGUUUGAUUAGAUAAAAUAUGUGGUAUUUUGAUUGACAGCCAUGUGAGGUCUGAUGCUGCGCUCCAUUUACCUCAGAGUUGAACCUUUAGAUAUAUACGCUAUCACUGUUAGCAUUGUUAGCGAUAUCUGUCGAUAGCAGUGCAUUAUGUGGUAUUUUGCACUUCUAAACAACAUGAACACAUUUAAACAUAUAGAAGUUAGUACAAGAUAGUACAGUGUGUAUAACUGAGUUAAUGAGACACCAACAGACUUCUGUUGAGUAACUCAGGAUUGGUGAGGUUCCCGACGUUCCUAGUGGAAAAUCAGACUUGCAGGAGCAUUCCAGUUACGAUUUGCCAAUUAGAACCAGGAAAUUCUAAUUUCUGAGUCCAAAUAGAACGCAGCAUGAGUCCUAACUGUUGCCGGAUGAUACCAGCAGCCCUUGUCAUCAUGUACAAUAGUGUUUUGCUUUGGUUUCUUGAAGAUGUUCUUGCACUGCCUUUUACUCGAUCCCUUUUACACAAUUCCUCUGUAUUUCAACAAUAAAUAAAUGGCAUUAUGUUUUGUCAACAU